AACUAGUUUCAGUUUCCACUUUCGUUUUUAUCUUGGUUUCCAGUUUAACUUGGUAAAAACACGCCCAUAGGUUACAUCAUUAACUCUUUCUCUUAUAAACCCCUUUGUUGGGGCCAAGUCCUUUGCACAUCCUCCAGACUGGCUGGAUCUCAGAGGAGCCCAUCAGCUCAGCAAAACACUGCAGAACCGCUGUCUAAUUCACAGCAGCCAUGAGUAAGAAUAUGGAUGAGAUCAAAGAUAAGCUGGACCAGCUAAGAUGUCACUUUACAUGGGAGCUGCUAUUUGAAGACACUGAAAUGCCUGAUUUAGAAAACAGGAUCUUGGAUGAGAUUGAGUUCCUAGACACCAAAUACAAGGCAGGAAUCCACAACCUACUGGCCUAUGUGAAACAUCUGAAGGGCCAAAACCAGGAAGCCCUGGAAAGCCUGAAGGAAGCCGAGGACCUAAUCCAGCAGGAACAUGACAUCCAAUCAGAUGUGAGAAGUCUGGUCACAUGGGGCAACUAUGCCUGGCUGUAUUACCACAUGGGCAGACUGGCAGAGGCCCAGGCUUACCUGGACAAGGUGGAAAACACUUGCAUGAAGUUUGCAGCUCCCUCCUGCUAUAGGAUGGAGUGUCCCCAGAUGGACGGCGAGGAGGGCUGGGCCUUGCUGAAAUGUGGAAGGAAGAACUAUGAACGGGCCAAGGCCUGCUUUGAGAAGGCUCUGGCAGAGGACCCUGAAAACCCUGAAUUCAGCACCGGGUAUGCAAUCACCAUGUACCGCCUAGACAGCCUUAACAUGGCUACAGAGACUAGUGAGGCAUUCUGCCUGCAGCCCCUAAAAGAGGCCAUCAGGCUAAAUCCAGAAGAUGUGUAUAUUAAGGUUCUCCUUGCCCUGAAACUUCAGGACCUGGGACAAGAAGCUGACGGAGAAAAGUACAUUGAGGAAGCACUGAACAACACAUCCUCCCAGACCUAUGUCUUUCGAUAUGCUGGCAAGUUUUACCGUAGGAAAGGCUGUCUGGAUAAAGCUCUUCAGCUCCUAAAAAUGGCCCAACAGGCAACACCCUCCUCUGCCUUCCUGCAUCACCAGAUAGGGCUUUGCUACAAGGCAUUCACGAUCAAAAUAAAGAGAGCUGCAAACUGGCAGUGCAGAGGUCAGGAUAGAGAAAAUGUUGACAAGAUGGUAAGAUUAGCCAUAUUUCAUUUUCAACUUGCUCUGGAACAAAAGCCCACAUUUGACAUUGCUUAUAUACACCUGGCAAGUAUGUAUAUAGAGGCUGGCGACUACAGAAAAGCUGAAGACACUUAUCAAAAAGUGUUCUCCUCGAUAUCCCUUGAUGAAGAAAAACUACAAAAGAUACAUUUCCACUAUGGUCAAUUUCAGGAAUAUCAAAAGAAAUCUGAGGUCAAGGCAAUUAUCCAAUAUUUAAAAGCAGUAAAAAUAGAAAAGAUGUCAUUGACAAGGGAAAAAAGUAUUAAUGCUUUGGAGAAACUGGCUGUAAGGAAACUUAGUAGAAAUGCAUUGGAUGUAGAAAGUUUGAGCAUUCUUGGGUUCAUCUACAAAGUCAAAGGAGAAUUGAACAAAGCCCUGGAGUACUAUGAGCAGGCCCUGCGGCUGGCUGCUGACUUUGAGAAUACUGGGACAGGAUUCCUAGGUGUGGAAAUAUAAACCACGUUCACAUUUUAUUUGAUUUUAGGUAAACAUGUCAACUCUAAUCAUCUAAUCAUUUUUUCAGCUUGCUACUUUAAGAAACAUAUUUAGUAAUCCACCAUAGCAAUAUAAAUUUUUAACAAUUAUACUCAAACCUGAUAAAAUAUUGGUUGUAUUCAGAAAAUAGUGAAACAAAAUAUAUACAUCUCUGUGUGUGAGAGUGAGAAGAAGCAUUUCUCUAUGAAUGUUAUAUAGUAGAAAAACAGUUUUUUGAGUAGAUUUGUAGCAAAUGAAGCAUUGGACUUUCAUAAAAUAAAUGCUUAAUUCAUUUCACCAAUAAAUAGUUUUCAGCAUUAGA